UUCCAUUCAUCAAUCCGGAAACAAAUUAAAGACAAAAACAUGCAGGGAUCGAUGAUUAUUCCAAAACCUCCUGCUUUCGUUCACCUUUAAACCUUUAUAUAUUCCCCUAAACCUCAACCAAAUUCUGAAACCCACUCCACACUUGAUCCCCAAACGCUUAAUACCCUCGGCGAAACCUCUCAAACGUUUUAUAUACCAGCUUCCGUACUUUUUCAUAAUCCUAUUAUUUAAGUGGCCGGGGCUACAUUAUUCCAAAAACUAUUGUAGCUUGGGUAGCCAUGGAGGGAAUACUAUUGCUCUGCGUGGCUCUAGUCAUGAUCAUAAGUUCCGGUAUCACUGGUACCGCCACCACCACUUACCCCGAUUUCCAACAAUUGCACGUCAAACAAACAAUCGAUGCUUCCACCAAUAAGUUAUACAAGGAAGAAAAAGAGGAAGAAGAAAGCGGAGGAAGAUGGAAGGUGAAGGUGGUUCAUAGAGAUAAGAUAUUCCAACGAGCAUCACACAACAACAGCAAGAGCACCAGCAGUAACCAUGUUUUUCAUGCACGCAUCAACAGGGACGUUAAAAGGGCCGAUAGCCUCAUCCGUCGCCUCCUUGGUAAUAAUACUAAUGAUCAGCUAGGAGUGAAUUCCGCCAAGGACUUGGAUUUUGGAUCGGAGGUGGUUUCCGGAAUGGCGCAAGGCAGCGGUGAAUACUUCGUGAGGAUCGGCGUUGGGAGCCCUCCCAGAAGCCAAUACGUCGUCAUUGACUCCGGCAGCGAUAUUGUGUGGGUCCAGUGUCAACCUUGCAGCCAAUGUUAUCAUCAAUCCGACCCCAUCUUCGACCCCUCACGCUCUUCUUCUUAUUCCGGUGUCUCCUGCACCUCCACCGUCUGUGACCGCCUCCAGAACUCCGGCUGCCAUGCAGGCCGCUGCCGCUACGAGGCUUCCUACGGCGACGGCUCCUACACGCAGGGCACUCUCGCUCUCGAGACUCUCACCUUCGGCCGCGCUCUCAUCCGCAACGUCGCCAUCGGUUGCGGCCACAUGAACCGCGGCAUGUUCGUCGGAGCAGCAGGUCUUCUGGGCCUCGGGGGUGGCCCCAUGUCAUUCGUGGGACAGCUGGGCGGCCAAACCGGCGGUGCAUUUUCUUACUGUUUGGUCAGCCGGGGUGACGUCGCCGCGGCCGGCUCACUGGAGUUCGGGCGUGCGGCGAUGCCCGUAGGUGCUGCGUGGGUCCCUCUGAUACGAAACCAAAGGGCGCCUAGUUUCUACUACGUAGGGCUCUCUGGUCUUGGAGUAGGAGGGAUGCGUGUUCCAAUAUCAGAAGACUUGUUCCGACAGACGGAGCUCGGUUACGGAGGUGUUGUUAUGGACACCGGGACCGCCGUGACGAGGUUCCCGACGUUGGCUUAUGAGGCAUUCCGGGACACAUUUGUGGAGCAAACCGCAAACCUGCCCCGGGUGUCCGGAGUGUCCAUAUUUGACACUUGCUAUGACCUGAACGGGUUUGUGUCCGUUAGGGUGCCGACCGUAUCAUUUUAUUUCUCGGGCGGGCCCAUCCUGACACUUCCGGCAAGGAACUUUCUGAUUCCGGUGGAUGACAAGGGCACGUUUUGUCUAGCAUUUGCUGCUUCGGGUGGAGGAGGGCUUUCCAUAAUAGGGAAUAUACAGCAAGAGGGCAUUCAAAUCUCAUUUGAUGGAGCUAAUGGUUUUGUGGGAUUUGGACCCAAUGUCUGCUAGGGACCGAGAUGAUGAUGAAUAUUAUAUGUAUGAUUGCAUGA